AUGCAUCGUGCCACACGAUUUUUGCACCAAUCGGCUAGACGUGCCUAUACAACCGAAUCGACCGACAAUGCGGCCAAGAAGCUUGCUGAGCAGGCUUUAGCAGCCAAGACAGGUGGUGGAAGAAGCAAGGCCACUUUGCCCAAAGGCGACAAGAAACCCGCUAAAGCCGCUGGUGAGAAGAAGGAUCAAUGGAAGAACUAUGCUCUUGGUGCUGGUGCUGUCACUGGUCUUUCGCUUGGAAGUCUCUUUUAUUAUGGUCGCCCGUUCGAGGAUGGUCGAGAAGACAAGUAUGCGAAUGAGAAUCCUUUGACAGCAGCUUAUCAUCGUUGUUUCGAUCGUUAUACUGAAUUCCAACAAAAAAUGCACGAACCCAUGUGGGAAAACUUGCUUCCUGAUCCACUUCCUGAACCAUACAACCGCCCUUACACUUUGGUGAUCAAUUUGGAUGAUACCUUGGUGCAUUCGACUUGGGAUAGCAAGCAUGGCUGGCGACAUGCUAAGCGACCUGGUGUCGAUUAUUUCCUUGCUUACUUGUCGCAAUUCUUUGAGAUUGUCAUCUUUACUUCUCAGACCUCCUUUAACGCACAACCCAUUCUCGACUCGCUUGAUCCCUAUCAAUAUGCCAUGUACAGAUUGUAUCGUGAAGCCACUCGUUACGUGGACGGCAAAUAUGUGAAGGAUUUGAGCCAUUUGAACCGUGAUUUGAGCAAGGUGAUCAUUAUGGAUUCCAACCCUGAUUCAUUCUCGUUGCAACCUGAGAACGGUAUCAAGUUGCGUCCUUUCAAGGGUGAUGCCAAGGAUAUGGGCUUGCUCGAGUACAUUCCUUUCUUGGAAGCCAUCACUUACUUCGCUCCUCCUGACGUACGACCUAUCAUUAAGCGAUUCGAAGGUGAAGACGUGCCUGCCAAGUGGGCCAAGAUGGAACAGGAAAUGAAUGAGCAACAUCGAUUGCAGUGGGAAGCUGAGCAAAAGACAAAGCCAAAGAUGCGUAAUCUUGGAUCACUUCUUGGUAGCGGUGGUGCUCAACCUGGUCAACAAGGUGAUCAGCAAGGUCCUCCUCCUACAGGUCUUCAAAUGGCUAGACAACAAUUCCGUCAAAUCUUCUCUCAGGAACACGCUCAAGUGCGACAACAACAGGAUGAAAUGAUGAAGAAGGAAAUUGAAGCUCAAAAGGCCAAGAUGAAGGAAAUGAAGAUGACCGUAUGGGAUCUCAUGACUCAGGCUACAAGUGGUCAACCUUUGAUGCCACCACCUGACAACCAAGAUCCCUCUCAACAACCACAACAACCCCAGCAAUAA